AUGGAUCAAUGUUUAAUAAUAAAACGUAGAAAUGUAUCUGAAAUGUCUUGCCUAGAGCGGAUUAUGAAGACAAUUUCACACGGUAUAAUAAACUUAGGAAACACAUGCACAAAUUGCACUCUUUUAAGUAUCAAUCAGAAAAGAGAAGAGCCUUCCAAAACAGAAGAAAAGCGUGGCUUCAUACACGGACUUUUUAUGCCUAUUUUAAUAUACAUUGCUAUAAUUUUAGGGUUUUUACUCAUAUUUAAUGGUGUAUAUAAAAUUGAAAGAGAGUCAAUUAAGUUUAUAUCCAGCACUGGGGCUAGACAGUCUUUUAUGCUAUCUUGUGUUAGAGGGAUAUUAAGAUUAUGGGUUUUUUUCACCAAAGUUUUACUUCGAGUUUCACUUGUAAUAUUUACUUUAGACAUAUGGAGAAAAGCAAUCUGGUUUACAUGGAGAAAAUCUAACCGCUUUAUAUUAGAUAUUUUAUUGCUUUUUAUAGUAUUAAUUGGAUGUCACUUUAUUGGUUAUUGGAUGUUUAAUAGUUUUAUAUCAGACAUAGCCCUUCUAAAGUUCACUGGUAAUUAUAAAAUUCUAAAUAAUGCAGUUCUAAAUGUCUACCUAUCAUUUGUUUGGGGAUAUAUGUGUAAGAUAUUAUGCAAAAUUUACCUGAAUUCUGCCAAGAAAAUAUCAACGUAUGAUUUUGUUAUUGCUGCAUACAGUGUUACUAUGGUGUUUAUCUAUUUCGUGUACACUAUAAACAACAUCAAUACUAACGUUAUUUCAAAGUAUGCUUCCUCUAAAGUUAUGAUUUCUACGGGAACACAAACUAUGUAAUCAUUAUUAAAUACCUACCCCAUUGGGGGUUUAGGAUUACGGUUAUAUUUAUAUUUCCAGCUUUAUUUUGAGUGAAAGGCAUACCUAAAUGAUAAGAUUUUAAUAAAUGCAUGC